UGUAAUUAGUCGCACCGAUUUUGCAGGGGAAUACCUUCUGCGCGAUAAAGUUUGCUGUCAAAAAUAUUAAUUUACGCUACGUAAAGGACUGAAACAGAUUCCAGAUGGGCUGAUCCAUCAGAAGACAAGAAUGUUAACAACUAGGGUAAAGUUGAUGUGCCGAUUACACGUGCAAUGAAGGUAUUGAACUCGAUACUGACCCAUACCUGAGCGUGGAGUGCUGUACAGGAUGCCUGGAAGUGGCAGUAAAGACUAUCCAUGUAUUCUCUGUAAGAAGAGGACAAAGCCUAAUGAACGCAGAAACAUCAACAAGUCCUUAUCAAAUUAUUUAAAAAAAUCGUUUCUUCUAACAACAGAUAGUAAUGAUGUUAUGUGUAACAGGUGCAGACAACAGUAUUACUACAAAGAAAGAAAUAGAUCACGUCAACCAGUUACACAUGUACAGGAAACAGAUAGUGAUGAAGAUUUUAGUCCACCUCCAAAACGCCCAACAGUUCUCGGCAGUCCACCAACAGUGUCGCUUCCAAUUUCAUCUACAUCAAAGAGUCACUCAUACUGUUUUGUUUGCCGAAAACCAAAAUCUAAACUUAAAGUUGUACCAUCAGAUGCUAGAUUUGACGCUUUUCUACGUCAAGAAAUUAUAAUUCCUGCAGGAGCGCGGUGCUGUCCAGAUCAUCUCGUUGGAGAUAAAUUAACACCUGAAGCUAUGCGAGUAGUUGAAUGCAAAAAUGAUUGUGUUUUACUGAACAGAUCUACACUGUUUGAACUCUUACAUAAAUUAAGAACAUUUGCGAUCCAGACAGAAAAAUCAAGAAUUGACUUUGACUCUGAUGAAGCACUAACUGCAUCAGAUUUUAUUAACUUAACUGGAAUUACAAAAGCCAAUUUUACAGAUCUUUAUACAUAUAUAAAGGACUUGGUACGGAAUACACCAGCUCGUUCAACAAAAACAUCGCUGGGAAUAUAUUUGUUUAAAAUGAAGUCUGGGAUAUCAAACAAAGUGUUAUCAACGGUUUUCAAUAUCACAAAGUCCAGUAUCCGACGUGCUGUAUCUUCCGUUAGAAUGGCAUUAAUGCAGUCAUUUGUUCCACAAAAUUUGGGUCUUUCUCACAUCAGUCGAGAACAGAUAAUCAGAAAUCACACACGGCCAUUGGCACAGACGUUAUUUGGCGACAUCUCAAAUACUCAAGCUAUACUUGUAUUGGAUGGGACCUACAUAUAUAUCCAGAAAAGUGGCAACUUUCAGUUCCAGCGUCGGACUUUUUCAAUUCAUAAAUCUCGUCCAUUACUAAAACCUAUGAUUGUUGUUUCCACAACUGGAUACUUCAUUACCGUACUUGGGCCUUACUUUGCAGAUUACAAAAAUAAUGAUGCUUCUAUUUUAAAACAUAUUCUGCACAACAACAUUGAAGAUAUUAAGAACUGGGUUGAAGAAAAUGACAUUUUCAUUGUUGACCGUGGUUUCAGAGACUCUUUAGAACUGUUGGAGGACCUUGGAAUUAAAGCUGAAAUGCCAUGUUUUAUGCAAAAGGGUCAAAAGCAGAUGACAACACAAGAUGCAAAUGCGAGCAGAUUAGUAACAAAGGUACGUUGGGUUGUUGAAUCGGCAAAUGGGCAGAUAAAGAGAUGGAAGUAUAUGGACCAUGUGCUUCCAACAAAUCAGGUGCCAUAUAUUGGUGACCAUGUGCGGAUCAUUUGUGCUAUCUGCAACAAAUACUUUCCAUCAUUGUCUCCAGGGAACACAGAUGACGAGGCAUUGGCAACAAAAAUGCUAUAUCUGUCCAAACAAAUCAACAACCUAAAGAGCAGAGUGGAAGAUGAAAAUAUGGAAAAGCGACGAGUGAUAUGGACAGAACCAGAUGAUUGUUUGAUUAACUUCCCUAAACUUGAUGAGACAGACUUGAGAAAUAUUACAUGUUGUUCUUAUCAACUAAAGUUGGCUAGUAGUUACAUGCAGGAGCAUAUAAACGGUGACUGUGAAAUUCAAGUCCACACGGAAAACGACAAUCUAAUUAGAGUCAGACUUCAAAGCCGACAUGUCUCUUCCAAGCAAUAUCUUCUGUGGAUUGAACAUGAUUGUGUUAAUGUUGUUGCAUGGUACUGUAAAUGUCGGGCAGGUGCACGUGUAGUUGGAGUCUGUGCACACAUAGCCGCAGUUCUGUGGUAUCUUGGGUAUGCUAGACACCACCCAAAUGUCAAUUUUGGCAUUAAAAAUUGGGGAGAUUUUGUUCAAGAUGCCCAGUGCAUUCCAGAAUCUGUUGAUUCUUCUGACAGUGAACAGAGUGUUGUUGAAGAAUAACAUUGUUACAUGUUCUGGUUCUACCUUGAAUUAACUGAAUUUUGAAAUUGAAAUAAUUUCUUGAAUUUUCUAGAUAAAAAGGUCAUUGAUGUCUCAUUUUAAAGGGUCUCUUUGAUCCCUUGAUGUCUACAUUUAAGAUAGUUAGCUAAUUUGAAUUUCAAAAACCAUAUAAAAUGACAAAAAUUUGCAUUAUAUAAGGAAAGGAAAAUCUGAGCCAAGGAAUAAUUGUGGAAACAGAAUAUUCUGACAUGGAUGACUAUGAGAAUUAUUUAAUGAUGUUACUAAAUAUUUAUGGAUAUCCAUAAUUCAUUUUAUAGAUAUCCAUAUUUCAAUGAUAUUCAUUUUAUGGAUAUCCAUAAAUGCAAGUGAACUAUGGAUAUCCAUAACUGAAAUUGUAGAUAUCCAUAAAUGAAUUAUGGAUAUCAA